AUGGAUUCUGACUUAAAAUUUACGACUGAUAUUCGAAAUUUAUUCAACUUAUUUCAUGAAUUUCAACCGAACAAUAUUAUUGGGAUUGGUCGUGAAAGUCAACCGGUCUACCGCCAUGUCUUUUGGCAGUAUAGGCAUGAAAAUCCCAAGACUAGAGUAGGAGAUCCACCUCCACAUGGAUUAACUGGUUUUAAUAGCGGUGUUUUAUUGUUAGAUUUAGAACGUAUGAGAAAAUCCAAAUUAUUUGGUCAAGUUCUUGAUGAAAAUUUACCGGAAAAUUUAGCUAAGAAAUACCAUUUUCGUGGCCAUCUUGGUGAUCAAGAUUUAUAUACCUUACUUCAUAUGGAAUACAAUGAUAUGUUUUACGUUCUUCCUUGUACAUGGAAUCGUCAGUUAUGUACGUACUGGCGUGAUCAUGGCUAUAAAGAUGUUUUCGAUCUUUAUUUCAAAUGCGAUGGUAAAAUUAAUGUUUACCAUGGAAAUUGUAAUACACCCAUACCUGAUAAUGAAGGGUAA